CCAACAUUCCUCAAAAUAUCUUAUUUUGUGUUCUACAGCAGAAAGCAAGUCACACAGCUUUAAAAUGACAUGAGGGUGAGAAAAAUCACGAACUACUUUCCAUUUCUGGGUGAAUUAUACCUUAAUGUUUUUCAUUUAGCCUAUUUUAACCAUUCUUUUGGGAGGAAAACAGAUUUAGAAGACUAAUAAAUGUUGGGAAUAACCUAUUUAACAUUGAUUAAACAAUAAAUCGAGUAUCUUUGCUUUGUGGCAAAACUAAUUAGCUUCGUUUAGUCUGUAUAGUAAAUUAUUUAAUGGUCAGCUCGUUUAAUUUUGAGUAGACAGCGAUUUCAAGAUUUUAUUAAAUCUACAAAAGCUGAACCAAGACUUUAGCGUGGUACGAUGCUGCUCCUUGCGGGUCAAACCCGUAUGUGCAGCAACAUUUCCUCUUAAUUCUGUGCCUCCAGAAACGUACCUGACCAGCUCUUAUACAGUAAAAAAACGACUAAAUUAAGGUAAGCGAUUAUAAACUUUUCAUGGGCAAUUUCAAAUGGAAUGUGUUUUUUGUAAACUACUAAAGCUACCAUAUGCACUAGGAGCAAACUACACUUCAAAGUAGGCUAUAAGUUGCUCAAAACCCUGAAUAUAUCCCCCGCCUCUGUAUCCCAAGAGGAGGGCAGAGAAAACCCGUAUCAAAUUUCACACCUAACCUUCCACAAGAGACUACAAAUGGGAAGUUAGUGAACGGGACUCAAUGUGUUAACAUCUCUUACCUGUGUGGAAUGCGCGAGGACAUAAGAACACAGCUUCAGGUUUUUAACUGACACCAGAACAGUCAUGCCUGCCCACCGUUCUCUUCCUUUUUUGUCAGACCAGAUGUCUCUCAUCCUGGUAACGGUACUCCUGAUGCUGGUUUCAGAAGUUCAUACACAAGGUCGACUGAAGCUGACCGUUCUGUCUGAAGAUCGGCUGCAGAUUAAAUGGAAGGAGGCAGAAGGUCCAGUUCAAGGCUACAAGGUCCGAGUACGGCCCCUCACAGAGGUUCCUCAGCCAGAGCUGAUGCUGACGACCACACGCGGCCGAGCCACGGUGGCAGGCCUGGACUCCAAACAGGAAUACCUCCUGCAAGUCCUGGUGCUCAAUGGAACGCAGGAGAAACUCAUCGCGAAGAGACGCUUCAACAUUGAUGGGUUGCGUGAGGAGGAGUUGAUUCGUAGCGGGAACAGGGAGCAUAAGAAGAAAACGCACACCUCUGGCUCUGGGGAGGUGGAUGACAUCACAGAGGCUCUAGCUGCCCAGCCCACGGUGCUCUACAGAGAACCAACAACCACAGAACCUCCAGCUCCUCCUGAGCUUGAGCCAGAAGCUGACAAGAGUCCUAAAGACAAGAAGAAGAAGAUAGACAAGAACCGAUCCAAGACUGAAGAUAAAAAUGAUCCGGAGGAAAACAAACUGAAGAACGUAAGAGAGGAGAUCACCAACACUGACAAAACAAGGAAAACCACCCCAACCCAACCUGUCACAGCCAUAUCCACCCGGAAGCCGUUUGAAUGCAGUGCUGGCGCACAGGCAGAUCUAGUUCUUCUCGUGGAAGGAUCCUGGAGCAUCGGCCGCACCAACUUCAGAAAGGUGCGUGACUUCUUGGAGGGCCUGGCUGUUCCCUUUCACAUCGGCCCGGAGGGCGUGCAAAUAGCAUUGUCGCAGUACAGCGGAGAUCCACGCACAGAGUGGAACCUUAAUAACUUCACCUCCAGAGAGCCGCUCCUGGAGGCCAUCAGGAACUUUAGGUAUAAGGGCGGCAACACCUUCACAGGUCAAGCACUCAUUCAUGCUCUUCAGAACAAUCUAAAGGAGGAGGCUGGAGCACGACCCAACACACCACAGUUCCUCCUGCUGCUGACCGAUGGCAAAUCUCAAGAUGAUGCCAUCGCUGCAGCCAGCAGGUUGAAGAAUGCUGGCGUGGAGAUCAUUGCUAUAGGUGUAAAGAAUGCAGAUGAGGCAGAAUUGAGGCAGGUGGCGUCUGAGCCUCUAGAGCUGAAUGUCUAUAAUGUGAAUGAUUUUCCUCUGCUUAGCAAACUGGUGGGAAGACUAGCUCGCAUCCUCUGUGGCAAGAUUGAAGAUCGCAUUAAAGCCAAGAGAAUGGAGCGUCCCACUCAGGACCCAGUUCUGUCCUACCCCAGCCCAACUGAUCUGCAGUACGUGGCACUUGGUUCGAGGGAGGUGCGUUUGCGUUGGACCUCUCCCAGCAAAAGUCUCCAGCAGUACAGAGUGGUUUAUCACACGUCUGAAGGACAAAGUCUGAAAGAGGUUGUGGUGAAUGGAACAGAUUCAACAACACUACUGACAGGACUGGCCUCGCAGACACAGUACCAUCUGUCCAUCUUUCCUGUCUAUGAGAACAAUGUGGGUUCUGCUCUCAGAGGAACUUUUACUACACUGCCGUUGGCCACGCCUGAGGCUCUGGAGGUCACGGCAUCCUCACCCAGCAGUCUGCGUGUGCGCUGGCAGCCGGCCGUAGGAGCCACACAGUACAUGGCACUGUAUUCAGCGCUUACUGAUGGAGAACCUGAUGAUGCCAAAGAGGUGAAGUUUGGACCUGCUCAGACGGAUGUGGAGUUGGUGGAUCUGAUGCCGUCCACAGAUUAUUCAGUCACUCUUUAUGCUUUAUAUGACGAGGACCCCAGUGAUCCCGUCACUGCCCUCGGCACCACCUUUCCAUUGCCGUCUCCUGUCAGUUUGCAGUUUCCCAUGGUCAGUCACAGCGCUCUGAAGGUCACAUGGGUCCCUGGAGCUGUGGAUGUUCCCGCCCACCGUAUCAUCUACAGCACCAAUCACGGCAGUGAUGUGAAGCAGGUGGAAGUCAGAGGUGUGAACACGGUGUUGUUGCAGAAUCUCUCUUCAUUAUCCAGGUAUCUGGUGUCAGUGCAGUCGCUCUAUGAGAAAGGCUUGUCAACACCUGUCACAGCCAAUGUCACGACAUUGAAGGUACCGGCUCCCUCAGAUCUGAGAGUCACUAACUUCUCUGGCAGUGACAUCACCGUGCGAUGGGACGCCGCAGCGGACGACGUGGUCUCGUACCUCAUCAAAUGGAUCUCCCUCAGUGGAGGAGACCUCAGGCAGCUUACAGUAGAUGGGAAGAGUGAAGGAGCCAUUUUGGAAGGAGUUGAGGAGGAUAAUGAAUAUCAGGUCUCGCUGUCUGCACUAUAUGCUGAUGGGGCUCAGAGCGAGGCAGUGGCAAUACGAUACAGCACUUUAUCAGGAGGUGGUCCCAGCAGUUUAUCCAUCUCAGAGGAGACUCCAGUCAGUAUGCUGGUCACCUGGGUUCCCCCUAACGCCCAUGUGCUGCAGUACCGUGUUUCGUACACACCCCUCACUGGAGAUGCAAGAGAGAACACAGUGUCUUUGCCAGGCAGUGAGAAGCGCGUCCUGCUUCAGAAUCUGCAGCCUGACACUCGGUACAGUGUUCUGGUCACUGCCGAGUACCGUAACAGAGAGGGAGGGAGUGCCACAGCUCAGGGGAAGACCACUAGUCUGAGGGUGAGCAGCGUUAGUGUUGUGCGAUCUGAUCACUUCAGCAUCUGUGUGUCUUGGAGGCCUGUAGCUGCCGUCAGCGGUUAUCGUAUAGUCAUCCAGGCUCUCAGAGAUAAACAGACUAAAGAGGACAUAGUGGACGCCUCCAGCAGCAGUCACUGUUUCUCUGAGCUACAGCCUGAGACAGUAUACCGUAUCAGUGUUCAUUCUCGUCUGGGAACAGUAGAGGGCGCCGCUGUCACCAUUCUUCACCCCACAGCAACGGCUCCAGUGAGGAUUCAGGUUCCCCCUAGACUGCAUCCCAUACAGAAGGAGGUGUGUCCUGAGAUGGCGGUCAGAAAUCGUGUAGUUAAAGGUUUCAACAUGAUGGAGGCAUUUGGUCUGAGUCUGAGAGCUCACUCCACUAUUGAGGGUGUGGCGGCUGAACCAUUCACCUUCAGCACCUUGCCCAGUUACACUCUCUACAGAGACGUACAACUGACUCAGAGCACAGGCUUCAUCCACCCGGCUGGCUUUGCUCCAGAACACACCAUCAGCAUAGCCUUCAGGCUCCUGCAGGAUUCACCGAAGGAACCCUUUGCCCUCUGGCAGCUCACAGACAAUGACUUCCAGCCUAAAAUGGGGGUGGUGCUAGACCCUGAAAAGAAGGUGCUGCUGUAUUUCAGUCUGGACUACAGAGGAGAGAUACAAGAACUGACCUUUGACCAAUCACAAGUCCAUUCUCUCUUUUAUGGCAGCUUUCAUAAGAUCCAUUUGUCCAUCAAUCAGGUGAGCGUAUCGUUGUAUGUAGAUUGUCAGCGGGUAGGUGAGAGACCUGCUCGUCCCUUAGGAACAUUGCCUACUGAUGGCUUUGAGAUGCUGGGCAAGCUAGUUAGGACACGAGGACCUCAAAGCGGAUCUGCAGCUUUCCAGCUGCAGUCUUUUGAGAUAGUGUGCAACACCACGUGGCCGUCAGAAGACGGAUGCUGUGAUCUGCCCUCACAGAGGGACGAGGAGAGCUGUCCAGAACCUGCUUAUGCGUGCACCUGUAGCACCAAUGUGCCCGGAGCACCUGGAGAUGCAGGCCCUCCUGGAAAACCUGGUCCUCGUGGGGAGAAGGGAGAGAAAGGAGAGCUGGGACAGAAGGGUGAGAUGGGCCCACCAGGCAAACCGGGUCUUGAGGGAAACUUUGGUGCUAUUGGAGCCGCUGGUCCACGGGGAAUGACUGUAAUGGGAAAAGUGGGUCCUCCAGGAGCAAGAGGUGAAAAAGGAGACUUUGGAAGGCCUGGAAGUCAAGGGUUACCAGGGCCUCCUGGCCCAAAGGGUAAAGAGGGCAACCCUGGUCCUAAGGGUGUCAGAGGACCAGAGGGUAACAUAGGACCCCCAGGAAUUACUGGACCAAGGGGUUUUCAGGGUAUGCCGGGCCAUCCAGGGCCAAUGGGAGAGAGAGGCCCAUUAGGUCUGGUAGGGCCCACAGGUCUGUCUGGAAGCAAAGGAGAGAGAGGAGAGAAGGGAGAGCCACAGUCUCUUGCCAUGAUCUACCAGCUUGUUACCCAAGCUUGUGAAAAGCUUGUGCACAAUGAGGUGCUGAAGUUGGAUGUCUUCCUGAAUGAGAUCAAUCGGAAGCCAGUGCCCAUCCAGGAACCGGUGGCGCCACCAGGAGAGCCUGGCAUACCAGGGGGAAGGGGUCCACCUGGACCACGAGGCCCUCAGGGAAGACAAGGAAACAGAGGGGAGUCUGGGAAACCUGGGUAUCCUGGUGAGCAGGGACGGAGGGGUAUUCCUGGUGAGAAGGGCUAUCAGGGAGACAAUGUCUUGGGACCGCAAGGAACUAAAGGAUUCGCAGGACCUCCAGGUGAAACCAAAACAGGUGAACCAGGCCCCAAAGGAGAGGAUGGUAAAGCUGGACCUCAGGGUAUUCCAGGUGCCCCGGGACAGCAAGGAGAAAUUGGCCCCCCUGGUGUGUGUGACAGCAGUGGAUGUUAUCAAGGAGGACCUGUUGCAGAGGACCCAUACCUUGGAUACCAACCUUGAGUUGAGAAACCAGUGAAGACUUGGUGGUAUUUCCACGUUUUUAGUAUCAUCUCUGCCCCCAGACUUUGGAAAGGAAUUGUGGGAAGUAACAUAUGAACCGAUUGUGCCAGGGGAUGACUUUUAAUGAGCCUGCAUAAUAGUCUCUCCAAACUGAUCAUACAUUCAUACUGAGAUCACCAAAGCACUGAUCAUUCUUGACUCCUGUUUAUGUUACUCAGUAUUCGGUUUGAUCCGCUGCUACAAGACAACAGCAGAUUCUUGUGUAGAACUUCUUUUGUGCUGCACCGAUGUUCUGCUUGAAGCUGAUGAGGUCACAACACACCCAGACUCUGUUUUAUAGAGGGAAACGUGACGUGUUGGUUAACUAGUGUUGAGUAACUAGCGUGUUACCUAAUAAUAACUACAAUCCGCACUAAGAAUGUUCCUAAAAUUGUAUUUUAUUGUAUUUAAUGCACUGUAUGUGUUUUAAAUGUAUUUUGUUGAAGGCAUAUUGGUUUAAAUACUUUCAAUUCCAGUUUUUAUUUCUUAUUUUCUGAUUUUUAUAUAAAUUACUUUUGUAAUAUGAAAUAAGCAUUAUUUUGCCAGAACAAUUUGUCUAAAUGAAAUACACUGUGAUAUUGUAUUAUUUGACUUUUCUUCACAUGCUGUUCAUACUGUUUUAUAUGAUCAUACAGAGAGAAUUGUUCUUUUGAUUUUCUUUUUUUGUUUAGUGUUUAUGUACAGAUUGUAUGUAAUGGAACUGUUCAAGAAAACAUGUGGUCGUUUCUGUUGAUAGUGUGCCAGUAAAAGCAAUAACUAUUCUGAUUUACUGAAAUAUAUAAUAAA